AUGCUUUGGAGACAUUACUGCUCUCCCUGCGCGAAGGGUGUAGCUCGAUCUCGUGCUCAGAAACUUCGCGGAGCUCGCCCAUUUGUGCAGCACAAUGUAUUGCCACUCUUAUCAAGACAUCACAGCUCACAAGUUGAAGGCAAUGAAGCUACACAGAGCUCUCUCUCAGUCCCCGCAAGGGCUAGGUUCAACGAGAUCGGCGUCCAACAGCUGAGCGACCAUGUGUAUUCGCAAAUAUUCUUCAAUAAGUCACAGCCGCCCGAUCCGAACCUGGUCGCAUUAUCGAAAGACCAUCUUGCGCGGCACGAUUUAUUAGGGAAAGCACAGGAGCAUGCGGAUCCCGUCGGCUUCGACUUACCUGCCCUUCAGGGGCAAACUCUCGAUGAGCAUUUCUUCAAGCUGGGAAUGGACUCGUCGGAGCCGUACCUCACAUAUGCCAAAGAAUAUGCGGCCGUGCAUUCGCCAAAUAUACCGCGCAAAUGGGUCAGGCGGAGCGGCUGGACUAAAUACAAUGCCGAUGGUACGUCGGAGGCCGUGGAGGCACCGAACGAGCCGAUGAUCACUUUUGACACGGAAGUGAUGUACAAAGAACACCCUUUCGCUGUGAUGGCAUGCGCCGUGAGUCCGACGGCUUGGUACGCAUGGAUCUCGCCUUGGUUGCUCGGAGAGUCAACGAACGAAAUUCAGCUCAUUCCGCUAGGCGAUCCAACUCAGUCUCGAAUUAUUGUUGGGCAUAACAUCGGUUAUGAUCGUGCCCGCGUUUUUGAGGAAUACGACUUGAAACAAACCGCCAAUUUCUUCCUCGACACAAUGUCACUCCAUGUGGCGGUUAAUGGAAUGUGCUCACAACAACGACCGACAUGGAUGCGCCACAAGAAGAACAGAGAUUUGAGAGACAAGAUUGCGAAUGAUAACAACUCUGUUGAACUCGCCGCUAUAAUCGAGAACAAGAUGCUGCGGGAGGAAGAAGAGGAACUCUGGGUUGGGAGAAGUUCGGUCAACUCACUCCGAGAUGUGGCCAAAUUUCACUGCGACGUCACCAUUGAUAAAUCCCAGAGAGAUUACUUCGGCGAGCUCGAUAGAUCGCAGAUAUUGGCAAAACUUGAUGAAUUGCUUGAUUACUGCGCUGCUGAUGUCGCAAUCACUCAUCGGGUUUACAAGAAGGUCUUUCCGAACUUUCUGGAGGUCUGCCCCCAUCCAGUCAGUUUCGGUGCCCUGAGGCAUCUUUCAUCCGUGAUCCUGCCUGUCAACCAUACAUGGAAGGAAUAUCUUGACAGCGCCGAAUCAACGUAUCACAAAAGAUUGGAUGAUGUUCAGCGAAGACUCGUCGAACUAUGUGAUGAAGCGUUGACUUUCAAGGAUGACCCAGAGAAAUAUACAAAUGACCCCUGGUUACGCCAGCUGGACUGGACCGGCCAAGAGGUCAAGAUGGUCAAGGGCAAGAAGAAAGGCGACCCUCCCCGACCAGCUGCCAGGCAGAAAAAGCCAGGGAUGCCCCAGUGGUAUAAAGACUUGUUCACAUCGAACACCGCUGACAUCAAUUUAACGGUCCGGACGCGAAUAUCGCCCAUACUUCUGAAGCUAUCGUGGGACGGCCAUCCCUUAAUUUGGUCGGAUAAGCACGGCUGGACCUUCAAAGUGCCCCGUGACAAGGCCCACCAAUACGAAAAUCAGCCCGUUGUGGCCUGCGAUGUGUCUGAGGAGAAGAACCUUGAGCUGCAAAAUGACACAAAACACAUAUAUUAUAAGCUGCCUCACAAGGAUGGGCCUCUAGCCCGCUGUGUAAGCCCGUUGGCUAAAGGUUAUCUACAAUAUUUCGAACGCGGCACAUUGUCUUCUCAGUACGCCCUGGCCAAGGAGGCUUUGGAGAUGAAUGCCUCUUGCUCUUAUUGGAUCAGUGCCCGAGAUAGGAUCAUGGGCCAGGUUGUAGUCUACAAGGAUGACCUUGCGAGAGCCAAAAAGGAUGAAAAACAAGAUCUCGGGUUUAUUCUUCCUCAGAUCAUUCCAAUGGGCACUAUCACUCGACGGGCAGUCGAGAACACAUGGCUUACGGCGAGUAACGCGAAAGGCAAUCGUGUCGGCUCUGAACUCAAAGCGAUGAUCAAAGCUCCACCUGGCUACGCCUUCGUCGGUGCCGAUGUCGAUUCUCAGGAGCUAUGGAUUGCAAGUUUAAUCGGCGAUGCCCAGUUCCAACUUCAUGGUGGAAACGCGAUUGGAUUCAUGACUCUGGAAGGUUCCAAAGCCGCCGGAACCGAUAUGCAUUCACGCACUGCCCAGAUUUUGGGGAUCUCGCGUAAUGAUGCUAAAGUGUUCAAUUACGGCCGUAUUUACGGUGCAGGGGUCAAGUUUGCGGCAACACUUCUACGCCAAUUCAACCCGUCCAUGACAGAAAAACAAACUCAGGAAGUGGCAACUAACCUUUACAAGGCUACAAAAGGUGCAAAGACGACCCGUCGCCAACUCUCCGAUACUCCGUUCUGGCGGGGAGGUACUGAAUCCUUCGUCUUCAACAAGCUAGAAGAGUUUGCGGAUCAAGAACGGCCACGUACUCCUGUCCUUGGUGCUGGAAUUACCGAAGCCCUAAUGCGACGCUUUAUCAACAAGGGCAGCUUCAUGACAUCCCGCAUUAACUGGGCAAUUCAGUCUUCUGGCGUUGAUUAUCUUCAUCUUCUCAUCAUCGCCAUGGACUAUCUUAUUCGCCGAUUCAAUCUCCAAGCUCGAUUGGCAAUCACCGUACACGACGAGAUCAGAUAUCUUGUCAAGGAGGAGGACAAAUACCGCGCUGUCCUGGCAUUGCAAGUCGCCAAUGUGUGGACUCGUGCUAUGUUCUCGCAGCAAGUCGGCAUCAACGAUCUUCCCCAAUCGUGUGCAUACUUCUCACAAGUGGAUAUUGAUCACGUCUUGCGAAAAGAAGUGGAUAUGGACUGCGUGACUCCUUCUCAUCCUCAGAAGAUUCCCCACGGCGAGAGUUUGGAUAUCGUUCAGCUGCUGAACAAGGGGAAUGAAGCCCGCCUUGACCCUUCGAUCAUUCCAAUUUCCCCUCCUUCCCCCGAAAAAUACACCUAUACACCCCGAGCAACCGUCAUGUCCGCUCUCGAAACCUCCAGUAAUCCCGCCCUCAUUAAAGCACAAAUCACGAAAGACGAUAAGGAACUCCGGGAAAUCAUCAAAGACCUCACAAAAUCGAACAUACCCGCCAAACCAACAACUACACGAUCCACUAACCGCACCAAAACAACGCCACCUGCAGCUGAGCCUCAGAAAGCCAUACUGAUGGACAUCGGUUCUGGUCUAUAUGGCGGCGGUUUUCGAGACUUUGCCCAGGGGAGCAGGCCUCCUCCGGUCAAUCUGCCCCGCCACUCCUGGAAACCACGGGCAACUGCAAGGGCAUACUAA